AUGGGAGACGAUAUAUCUGAGCUGUUACGGAAGAAAGAGGAGAUUCUAAGACUACUUCGGGAGACAGGUGAUGGUGAUGACGAGUAUUAUACCGAGUUGGAAUGUGACAAGAACGAGGAAGAAGAGGAAGAAGUUGGUGAGGAUUUCGACGCUCCAUCUUCUAAGCGAGCUCGACUUAAUGAAUCAUUAGACGGUGAAGCGUCCAAGUUUGCGUGGCAAAAUACAAACGACGUGAAUAGUUCACUAAAGUCGGCAUCCAGUUCAGGAUCGAAUGGCGAUCGAUCGGACUCUUGCUCACAAAAAGGUAUGGAGGAUGACCAGGAAUUGAACUACGAAGACGACGUUGAUAUGCAGAAUUUGGAUGUGCAUGAUAUCUUGGAGGAGGCUGUAGAUAGGAUCAAAAAGGAAGCUGAUGAAGCUCAAUCUGUACCUGUAGUGUGGAAGUAUGUUCCGGAACGUCUUGAACAUGAUCAUUUUAUGAAUUUACCCGAGGGUUGGACUCGUAUCACUCACAACAGCGGUAUGCCUGUGUACUUGCAUCGGAAGUCGCGUGUAAUUUCGCUGUCAAAACCGUACUUCAUCGGAACACAAGGAGUUCGUGAUCAUCCCAUACCAGUAACCGGAAUACCAUGUCUCCAUCAACGAAAAAUUAAUGAAAGGGAUGCCGCUCUUGCCGCUGAAACAGAAGGUCAGCAGAAGAGCGAAGCCCAAACAUCGCUUGAGAGUGAAAUCAAACAAAAAUUGAUUGCUCCAACAGUGAAGAUUGAGUCGCUGGAUGUUGGUGACCAGCGCCAAGAAGAUUAUUUAUUAACCGGAGAGGAGUAUCGAAAAUAUGCAGAGAAACUGUUCAAGUUUAAACUCAUUCAGGUGAAAAAGUUCAGCAAUUUUAAAGAGAAAAAGGCUGCAUAUCGUGAAAAACAGUUUGAUCAGGCAAUGAAAGAUUCGGGUGUUUCCUUGAAAAUGAAGGACGUUUUGGGGAAAAAGGAGAAAGCACCUGCUGGACUAGCUCUAAUACAUAUUGAAUCGGCCGACCCUCGCUUCCAUAAGCGAAGUUUCGUAAUGAAUCCUCAAGGAAAGUCGUCAAUUACGGUGCUGCACGAGUAUUCGCAACGAGCUCUAAAGGGUCGCACAAUCUAUCAUAUUGAGGAAACGAGGAAUGCUACGAAACCAUUCCAUGCUACGGGUAUUGUUGUGGUAAAAAAGUCGGUACGCGUACAAAUCGCUGGCACAAUCAAGGACAAGCUGGCCCUUCUAGGCGCAAGCAACGGGGAGAAAGAUGACAAUGCCGACGAAGGUUUCCUUUUCCGUCAUGGUUAUCCGAAGUUUCUAGAUUCUAUCAUUGUUGGACGUGGUGAAGGUCCUAGUAAACGUAUUGCAAAAAUGAUGGCGGCGAAACAAGCACUUGCAGUGCUAAUCCCAGAAAUUCGUUUUAAUGACGAUUACAUGGCCACCAUUCAACCCCCCGAUGCGACAGAGAAGAACUAUGACGAUCAAGCCAUUGCAUUGUUUGAUGAGCUACCGAUCGAAGAUCCCCGUAUAUCUGAUCUGUCAGUUCGUACGUGUCAGCCUAAGCCACUUAUACUGUUAAAAACUGCAUUGCUACGAUCCAUAAAGCUUUGUCGAGAAGUGCCGUUAACGAAAGUCGAGCUUCUGGGUCCAAUGAGAACGCGUGUAACAAUGACAGUCGGUGAUCUAAGCGCUGAAGUCGUUGCGAGUGGUAGUAAAGUCGGACAACAACGAGCUGCUCAGAAUCUUCUCAAGCAAAUACAUCCACAUGUUUCCACUUACGGUGGUUUGUUGCGCAUCUACGCAAAUCCUGACGAGAAAGAGGAGCAACGUGAAACGCGAAAGCUUCAGGCAGAGCUGGUGCAGCUACAAAAUCAAACCAAAGUGUUAGGCGAUGCGAAGAAAGCUGGAAAAUCUAGAGGUCACGCAUCAUCGAACUCAAAUUCCGAUUGUUCAAAGUCAGCCGCUGCUCUCGCGCGUGAAAAGGCCGAGAAUGCGAGGCAGCAAGCUGAAGAACUGAAGGAUAAAGCUUUCCAUGCGAAAGAGUUAACGGAGAAACUGAAAGCUAAAGUGGAGAAGGCGAAACGAGCUGCUGAUAGAGCUGCAUUGCGACCUGACUGCGACAGAGCAAGAAUGGCAAUGAGAAGGUUAUUCAAACUGACUGAUCAGUAUACGGAGUCAAAUCGACGGUUGAGCAAACUAAAAUCGCUGGCUGAUAAGGCCACAAGGCGCUACAAGAAACGGCUGCGGAAGAUCGAAAGGCCCGUGGAGAAGAAGCGUUGGGAACGAAUCGGUGACCAAAGCCGUAAUCAUCGAGCAGACACCAACGAGGCAGUAUUGGCACUGUUACGGAAAGAAAUGGGGCGAAUCAAAGAGCGCAGUGUAACUCGUACCUAUAUGUAUGCGACAAAAGCACCAGUGAAGUGA